AUGGACAUCCGCUCACUAUAUACUUUCCUUCCAGCUCACACAGCCAAUAAAGCAUCUAUUCAGCUUGGCGUGUGGUGUUGCGCUGGCCUGUUGAAGCUGCAUGAGCUGAGAUUACAACAAGGCGACAUUGAUACAGAAGAAACUGUGCCUUUAAUUGGCAUGACUGCUAUUGGACUGGACUGGAAAUCACACGUGGCAUAUAAACUCCCAGAUGAUGGUUCUGUAGUUAUUCUAGGCCCUGUAUCCAUUGGAGGUUACGAAGACAUCCAUAACUUCUUUGUGCUUAAUAGUGUCUUCAAGAUCAUUGCGAAAUGGGCAGAGCAAGAUUACUGGACACAUUUUCGGGGUAUUUUUGGAGUCUGA